GGUGGCGGCUGCCCGUGGCGAAAGUGCGGCUGCGGAAGCGCGGCGAGACGGGCGGCGGCGGAGGAGGAAGCGGAGGCAGACGGCGGGAGCGGCGGGGCCGGGGGCACGCCAUGGGCCGCCUGCACUGCACGCAGGACCCCGUGCCCGAGGCAGUGGGCGGUGACAUGCAGCAGCUGAACCAGCUGGGCGUGCAGCAGUUCUCCGCCCUGACAGAAGUGCUCUUCCACUUCCUGACUGAGCCAAAAGAGGUAGAAAGGUUUAUGACUCAACUCUCAGAAUUUGCCACCGCCAAUCAGAUCAGUCUUGGCCCCCUCAGAAGCAUCGUGAAAAGCCUCCUUCUGGUUCCAAAUGGUGCCUUGAAGAAGAGUCUCACAGCCGAGCAGGUCCGGGCUGAUUUCAUAACUUUGGGUCUUAGUGAGGAGAAGGCCACUUACUUUUCUGAAAAGUGGAAGCAGAAUGCCCCCACCCUUGCUCGAUGGGCCAUGGGUCAGACUCUGAUGAUCAACCAGCUUAUAGAUAUGGAGUGGAAGUUUGGAGUGACUUCUGGGAGCAGUGAGCUAGAAAAACUAGGAAGUAUUUUUUUACAAUUAAAGUUGGUGGUUAAGAAAGGAAAUCAAACUGAAAAUUUAUAUAUAGAGUUAACCUUGCCUCAGUUCUACAGCUUCCUGCACGAGAUGGAGCGAGUCAGAACCAGCAUGGAGUGUUUCAGCUGACUUCUGUCCCCCACCCCGCAUCGCCACCCUGCCUGUCCCCUGCCACCUCCUCCCCUGUGGGUGACGGCUCUGAGAAGCACCUCACUCACAGGCCUGCGGGACCCCGAUUUGGCCCUGCUUGCUUGUUGGGUGCCCAGGUGCAAGGUUUCUGAAAAACAACAGGAUUAAGUACUUAAGGAGCGCUACACAAUUACCCUGUAAACUCUUUGUUAAGGGAACCUCCACCACCGAUCUCCCAGGACACUUGUUAGAAAUUCAGAAAGGCUAUUGCAUCUCAGAUGCGGGGAGGAAAUCAGUGAGUCACCUCCCCGCCAAAAUUCCAGGGUGAACAGAUGGUGCUAUCACUAAAGAUACGCGCUUCCCGUCCUCCUCCCCCUGAAGCGAGAGCUCGUUUAUGGCUGAGGAGGAGGUGACUCUGGAUGACAGACACGUGGGGAGCCCCCGGCAAGAUUUCCACACUUUGUGACUGUGGUGGUGGUGCGCUGCUAAUCAGUUUUUAAGGAGGGAUCUAUGUAUAGAAACAUGUUUGGUCUACAAUGAAAAGAACUGAGGCUGAACUGUCUUCAUUUCUGCUUUUGCCCUAUUGUGCUAUAAUCAGGCCGGUCUUGGGAGGGGGGUGCUGUUUUAGCUUGUUUGGGUUCAAGCUGACCACCUCUGUUGGUUAGAUGAUUAAUAAAAAUGGUUCC